AUGGCAUACCAGCCAUCGCGCAGCCCCUUUGCACCCGCGCAACAAGACAGCUUUUACGCAAACCCUCGGACAGGGCUCCGCGGAUAUGGGCUAUCAAAUCAACCAAUCCCCCUGACCAAUAAAGUGAACGGUUAUUUCGAAAAAGACCGUACACUCCCUUUAUACAAAGAUAAGCCAUUUUUUUCGCCCCGGCGCACUGGUCCUCGAAGAAGAUGGGGAGUGUUAUUGAAGGUGCUGGGAGCGUGUACAAUCUUGUUUGUGUUGUAUUAUAACUUCUACCUCCCCACAUGGUCAUGGUCAGGGCUACAGUCGAAUGACAAGGGGGUAGAACUUUGGAAAUGGGCUCAGACAUUGGAAGAUGGAAAGUCUUCUGGGGACUUAUCUGACUGGACAGCAAGACGAGAGAAAGUGCGGGACGCCUUCAUUGUCAGCUGGGAAGGGUAUGAAAAGAACGCAUGGGGUUACGAUCAGUAUCGCCCAGUCUCAAACGUCAACCAGGAAGACACGAGCGGCGCAUUAGGCUGGAUGAUUGUUGACUCGCUGGACACAUUAAUGAUCAUGAAUCUGACCUCCAAGGUUCACCGUGCGCGACAAUGGAUCUCGACCUCGUUGAACUACAAUCAGGAUCGUGAUGUCAAUACGUUCGAGACUACUAUCCGAAUGUUGGGUGGCCUUUUGUCUGCACACUAUCUGUCGACUAAAUAUCCUGAUUUGGCGCCUCUCAAUGACGAUGAUGUCGGUGCCGCUGGUGAAGAUCUAUAUAUCGAGAAAGCAGCUGAUCUCUCGGAGCGACUCCUCGGGGCCUUUGAGUCUCCAAGUGGCAUUCCGUGGUCGAACGUCAAUCUCAACACAUCGGCAGGUGUCGCGGUUCACUUUGACGAGGGAGCUACAUCCAUCGCUGAAGCUGGAUCGAUGCAACUUGAAUUCAAGUACCUGGCCAAGUUGACUGGUGAAGCAGAAUAUUGGAAGUUGGUUGAAAAACCGAUGCAGCUGGUCGAUCUGCAAUCGCCGCGGGACGGUCUUGUCCAAACCGCCAUCCAUCCCGACACUGGUAAAUUCAUGGGUGACAGCAUUACUUUGGGCAAUAAGGCAGACUCGUACUAUGAAUAUCUCAUCAAGCAAUAUCUGCAGACCUCAGAACAGGAGCCCGUCUACAAAGAGAUGUGGGACGAGGCAUUGAGAGGCAUUCGCAAGCACCUCAUUGCAUUUACCAAGAACUCUCAGCUGAUGAUCAUUGGCGAGCGGCCCCAGGGCCUAGACCAGGAGCUCUCCCCCAGAAUGGACCACCUGGUCUGUUUCAUGCCCGGAACUAUCGCGCUUGGCGCCACUGGUGGCCAACCCUUGUCCCAGGCUCGAAAGUCAGCAGACUGGUCUCAACAGCGCGAGGAGGAGAUUCUCAUGGCUAGAGAAUUGAUGAAAACCUGCUGGGCAAUGCACCAAACAACAGCCACAGGUCUCGCAGCUGAAAUCUCUCAUUUCGUCCUCGACUCGCCACCCGUGAUGAUGGCAGACAAGUACCCAGAUCCCAUGACGGACCCCAAUCGCGCAUCCAAGCCCGAGAUACUACGUGGCAUCUCGCAGCCGCUAGACAGGCAAAGUGAUGCCUCCGAACCCUGGCGCAAGGACAUCGACAUCCGCCGCAACGAUCGCCAUAACCUGCAACGCCCGGAAACAGUCGAGUCCCUCUUCUAUCUUUACCGUAUUACCGGCGACGAUAUGUACCGCCAGUGGGGCUGGGAGCUCUUCAAGUCUUUUGUCAAACACACUUCCGUGACUGAAAAGAAAAGCACCUUGCGCACUUCUCGUCUUCCAACAACCAGCGCGGAACCCGUUUUCCGCAUCAAGGGCUUCACAUCCCUCGGCAAUGCGGAUGCAGUCCCUUCGUACAAGCGUGACAAUAUGGAGAGUUAUUGGAUGGCUGAGACGCUCAAGUAUUUCUACUUGCUGUUCUCUGAUCGUGAUUUCAUCUCGCUGGAGGAUCACGUUUUCAAUACUGAAGCCCACCCAUUCCCGCGGUUCAAGCCUAGUGGGGAUCUCAAGACCGGGUGGGAGAGGGCACCUAGGCAUUAA